AUGACACAGACGUGGCGCUAUGCCCAAUCUGUCUCAAAGCCUACUGUGACUCCGGCUUAUGGGCGGCCGUACUCCGAGGUCAGCGGCUUACUCCCCCCUUUGACAACAACGACAUGGGGGAAUUUCGAGCCCGGGAACACUGCUACAGCGACCCAGCGUGCAAAUGACAAUGAUCCCUUUGGUGAAGCGGAGUGGACGUCGUCCUGGCUAGCAGCAAGCUUGCUCAAUUACACUACGGUUGGCAUGUAUACCACAACGGUCGCGGCGACCCCCGUCCCAUCUUCCGAAUUGAUUCUACCUCCGCCCCUACCUUCCUCCGGAAAGGAUUGCUAUGAAUUUAAGUUUCCCGAAAAAUUCAUGUUUGGGGUCGCCAUAUCUGCCAGUCAGCAAGAAGGUGCGAUCGCAUUGGAAGGACGAACACCGACUAUUAGUGAAACAAUUAUGAGGGGGGGCACGAGUGGAGCCACCAACUACAUUGCCAACGAGCACUACUACCUCUACAAGCAAGAUAUCGAGCGUAUGGCAGCAAUCGGGGCUGAAUAUUUUAGCUUCACCAUCUCCUGGUCCCGGAUCUUACCAUUCAUUUUCCCCCAUACCCCCGUCAACCAGCGCGGAGUUGAUCAUUAUGAUGACGUGAUCAACUCCGCGAUCAACGCAGGACUGAAGCCAGUGAUCACGCUCCUCCACUUUGACACACCGUAUGCCUUCGUCCGGGACUCUGUUGACCUCGAUUUUCAGAUAGGCGGGUGGCGCGGUGGAUACGAUAAUUUUACUUUUCCGGAUGCCUACCUGCAUUACGCGAAGCUGGCGAUAUCCCUGUACGGCGACCGGGUUUCACACUGGAUCACGUUUAAUGAGCCUAUGGCUCAUACAAACAAUGCCCAGGGGGUUAGAAAUGUAAUCAACUGCCAUGCUGAUGUCUGGCAUUGGUAUCAUGAGACAUAUCAGGGAAAAGGCAUGAUUGGAAUGAAGCAAUUUGACUACUUUUCUGCUCCCUUGGAUCCUAGCAAUGCGUCGCACGUCCAAGCAGCAAACAACUUCAACGACUUUUGGACAGGGACCAUUUAUCGGCCACUUUGCCUGGGCGAAGAUUAUCCAUCCAUCUACAAAACGUCCAUUGCCAAUGUUACGUCUUUAACAAAAGAGGAGCUGAAACAUAUUGGAGGCAGCAUUGACUUCAUCGGCUUGGAUAUGUACGCCGGCGUAAUCGCAUUGCCCAAACCUGGGAACUUCACACCUUCGUCAAAGUUGAAAUGUACACCAAUGUCAGGAGCUUGCAUUGGGGUUGAUUUGGCGGAUAUGACGAAUGCAGGAUGGACAGUGGGAUACGGCUCCGUGGCUGGCGGCAAUACUUUCUCCACGGGCUUCUUCCGUGCCUUCUUCAACUAUAUUGACCGGACUUACAAAAAGCCUUUCAUUCUCACGGAAUUUGGCUUUAGCAACACGGGUGACUCGGAAAAGGAUCUUGAUGAUGCACGAUUUGAUGUUCCUAGCUCCUUGUUCAUCACCAGUGUUCUCACGGAGAUGCUAGAGAGCAUCUGGCUAGAUGGAUGUAAUAUCAUAGGUGCUUUUGUGUGGACAUUGAUCGAUGACUGGGAGUUCGGAACAUACGAGACAAAAUUUGGCCUUCAAACAGUCAACCCGUCCACCCAGGAGCGUUCGUAUAAAAGAAGCUUCUUUGACUAUGUUGAUUUUGUCAAAUCUCGCAUGCCAAAUCAAGAGGCAAUAUCUUAG